AGCUUAAUACAUAGUAAACAUGUAUUUACAUAUAACUAUAUCAAUAAUUAUCAAAGAUAGAAAACGCUGAACGUAUUUAGUUAAAAUUUAUUAAAUAUCAGAGAAUCACUUCUGUUAAUAUAAUAUUAUUUAUAAAUCACUUUUUAUCAACUAUAAUUAUCCUUGCAAGGUAAUUGACAAUUAGGUUAUAUCACUAAAUUCAAAUAUGUCAGACACCGCAGGAUGGUGUCUCAUAGAAAGCGAUCCAGGAGUAUUCACCGAACUAAUCCGUGAAUUAGGUGUAACUGGAGCUCAAGUUGAAGAAUUAUGGACAUUGGAUAAUAGCUUAUUUGAUUCUAUUAAGCCUGUUCAUGGUUUAAUAUUUUUGUUUCGAUGGAUUGGGGAUGAUCAACCAGAUGGACCAAUUGUAAAAGAUUCAAGAAUAGAUAAAAUUUUUUUUGCUCAACAGGUUAUAAAUAAUGCAUGUGCAACUCAAGCUAUUUUGAGUGUUUUACUUAAUUGUCGUCAUCCAAGUAUUGAUCUUGGUAGCACUUUAAAUGAGUUUAAAGAAUUUUCUCAAAAGUUUGAUGCUAAUAUGAAAGGUCUAACAUUGAGUAAUUCACAAAAAAUACGUUCUGUUCACAAUUCAUUUGGAAGAAGUGGUUCUAUUUUUGAAUUUGAUGAUAGUGCUAAACCUAAAUCUAAAGAAGAUGAGGCUUAUCAUUUUGUAGCUAUUGUACCAAUUGAUGGUCGCCUCUAUGAAUUAGAUGGUUUAAAAGAAGGUCCUAUUGAUUUAGGGCCAAUAAAGCCUAAUACUGAUUGGAUUGAAGUUGCAAAACCUUUUAUUGAAAAAAGAAUAAAUAAGUAUAAAGAAGGAGAAGUACAUUUCAACUUAAUGGCUGUUGUAUCUGAUAGGAAAUUAAUAUUGGAACAAAGACUGAUAGCAUUACAAACUGAAGACUUGGAUGAAGAAACUAAAAUGGCCGAAGAAAAUAAUAUUCGUAUGCAAAUAGCUGAUGAAGAAGAUAAAAUGAAACGUUAUAGAAUAGAAAAUGCUAGGCGUAAACAUAAUUACUUACCAUUGAUUGUUGAAAUAUUAAAAUUACUAGCUAAAGAUGGCAAGUUAGUACCAUUAUAUGAAAGAGCUAAAGCUAAAACUAUUGAAAAAGAGAAACAGAAAAUGAGUAAAACAUGAAUGUUAAAUUAAUUAUGCUAAAAUCAUAUCAAAAUAAUUUCAUAAUACAUUUAAACUACUAUAAUGUUGCACCCGAUCUAAAAUUUUUAAUUUAAUCUCCUUUUACUUAAUUUUUAAAGCUGUAACAUUACUAUAUAAUUUUCUUUAAUUGUUCUUUUGUGAUAAUUAGAAUUUAUGGCUAAGAAUUAUAUAGGCUAAAAUAGUUUAAAAAAAUAAAACAAGGUAUUAAAAACACAAGUUUAUUAUACAAAAAUAUAUUAAUUGAUUACUUUAAA